GAUUCCCAUUUCGAUUAGCGUCCAGUUUAGUUGAGUGCGACAAGUUAAAGCGUUGGGACGUAUCCAAUUGAAGCUCUUCAAAGUUCUAGGAGUUUAAUUUUCCAGUCAAAUAAAUCACAGAAUGCCACCAAAUGAUCGUUGCGGUGGGCCACCACGUCGUGGACCAAUUAUCAAUGUGCAGAUUGCACCACGUUGGCCCAGACGUCAUCAUCAUUCGAAUGUUGUUGUUGUCCAGGCACCACCACCAAGACCGGCACCUGUUGUUGUUGUCCAGGCUCCACCACCACCGCGUCCAGCACCUGUAGUAGUUGUUCAACAGCCACCACCACCCUACUAUCCACCACAGUCAAAUGGUCACUACCACAACCCACCUGGCUACUAGAAGGAGCAGCUAGGACGAAGGAUGAACUGGGAUUCCUUAUAAUGAAUUUACGCAUUUUCUUUAGACAUAGCACAUAAAUCACCUGAAAUAAAUAUACAUUUUAUAAAUAAGCGAAAA